AGCGUCAUUUCCUGUAGUCGUCCACAGACAUGCCUGCGUGAAAGAGCGCCGAGAGCUGUGAGCCACGUUUUUUUGUGAAAGAUGUGCUUUUAGUUUUUGGGCCCGUCUCGGUCAAGGUAACGCCAACAAAGGUUCGAUUCAUUUUAAUAACUGCUUACGUCUUCAAAGUCAUCGUUGGAGGAAGGUUUCCUCGGUAACUUGAGCGGAACAGGCUCGUAGUUGCGGCCCGCCAAAAGCCGCAAAGGUUCAGCGAGGAAGUGACCAUUUUGUACCAUAUCUGAUUUCCUUAACGUUAUUUUUUUGGGAAGAGAAUGAGUGGCGGGUUUAACUUCGGGCAGCCCUCUUCGGGCUUCUCGUUCGGAGCUCAGAAGCCCGCAGCCCCCGCCACCGCCACGGGCUUCGGAAUGACAGGCUCCACACCUGCAGCCCCCGGGGAUGGCUUCAGCUUCGGCACCCCCAACCCGGCCAGCACCGCCAACACCGGCGGUUUUAGUUUUGGCACCCCAGCGAAGAGCACUCCAGCCGGUGGAGGAUUUCCUUUUGGGACCCCGACCCCCAACACGUUUCUCGGUACGACUCCUCAACCCACAUUAGCGGCACCGGCAGGGAUGACUUUGGGCUCUACGGCAGCUCCAGCUCCGGGGUCAGGGUUCACACUGGGCGGCGGGAUGUCCGCACAGACCACCGCUGCCGCGCCUGCAGGAGGCGGCUUCUCCUUUGGGACUGCUCCUCAGCAUCAGCCCCAACUUGCUGCACCAGCAGCAGCAGUCGCACCACCACCGGCGGCAGCAGCAGCGGCGGCCGCGGCAGCAGCGGCAGCAACGACUGCAGCUGGUGGCCUCUCGUUCGGAGGGUUCAGCUUUGGGGCUACUAAGGUCCAGGCGACCACAGCUGCAGCCCCCACUGCCCCAGCAGCAGGAGGAGGCUUCGGCUUUGGCACCAGUGCCCCUUCCAACCUCACCCUGGGCACCCAGCCCCAGCCGGUCUCCGCUGCCGCAGCCCCGACCGGUCAGGGCGGAGGAUUUGCCUUUGGGAUUAAACCUUCAUCAACCCCAGCUCCCCCUGCAUCGACCCAGCCAGCCCCUGCUCCCGCCACAGUUCCAGCUCCAGCUCUCGGUCCCUCUCUCUUUGCAUUACCCAUCACUACAGCUGCUCUUGCUCCAGCCACUGCAACAGGCACAGGAUUUACUUUGGGUGCAGCUCCAACUUCGAUAGCAAGCAUUGCUCCUGCAACAACCACAGCAGCCAGUGGAGGUCUGUCCUUCAUGCUCAAACCUCUGGGGGCAGCUACCGCCACCUCCGUCCCUGCGCCUGCCUCUACUGCCACGACUGCAGCUGCCACGGCAGGUGUUGCAUCAGGCUUUACACUGGGACUCAAAUCUGCAUCCAUCGCAGGUACCACAGCAACUGCCACAGCCGCGACAAUCACUACAACCACAGCUCCACCGGUGAUGACCUACGCCCAGCUGGAGGGUCUCAUCAACAAGUGGAGUCUGGAGCUCGAGGACCAAGAGCGACACUUCUUGCAGCAGGCCACCCAGGUGAACGCCUGGGACCGCAUGCUGGUGGAGAACGGGGAGAAGAUCACGUCCCUGCACAAGGAGAUGGAGAAGGUGAAGCUGGACCAGAGGAGGCUGAACCAGGAGCUGGAUUUCAUCCUGUCCCAACAGAAGGAGCUGGAGGACUUACUGUGCCCACUCGAGGAGUCCGUGAAAGAGCAGAGUGGAACCAUCUACAUGCAGAACGCCGACGAGGAGCGUGAAAGAACGUACAAGCUUGCGGAGAACGUGGAUGCACAGCUGAAGAGGAUGUCGCAGGACUUGAAGGAGAUCAUCGAGCACCUCAACACGUCCAGUGGCCCAGCAGACACCAGUGAUCCACUUCAGCAGAUCUGUAAAAUCCUCAACGCCCACAUGGAUUCUCUUCAGUGGAUCGACCAGAAUUCAGUCCUCCUGCAGAGACGAGUGGAGGAAGUGUCCAAACUGUGUGACAACCAGCGCAAGGAUCAGGAGAAAACCUUUCGUUUAACGUUUGACUGAUCUGAAAUAAACAUACAGGCCUGUAUAGUGACAUAGUGAUAAUUUUUCACUAGUUUUUUCUGUGUCAAAGUGUUUUGCUUUCAUGACUGUUAAACUGCUUUCCCCCUCUUGUGGGUUACAUAAAGAUAUUACAUAUUUUCAAGAUAUUUUCAAUGCAAUAGCUUUUAUAUAGAAUAGUGGAAGUGAUAAUUUCUUCCCGUGUAAAUGCUUUGUGUGUUCUUAAAAGAAUGAUUAAAUAAACCUUUGGAUUAUA